AUGCGUGCCCUUCCCGAACAUCGCCCAUGGGAUCACGAGAUCAAAUUGAAAGAGGGUCAUGACCUCAGGAAGCAGAAGCUUCGACCUCACAAUUGGAGGAACCUUCAACUACUCGAGGAGUACGUCAGAGAAGGAAUACAGAAGGGACGUAUUCAGAAGUCGGAUUCACCAAUCGCUUCGAAUAUGUUGAUCGCCAAGAAAAAAGACGAUCCGAAAGGAAGAGCUUGUGUCGACUACCGAGAAGUCAACAACGCUACGGUUAAGGACGCUUAUCCGUUACCAACCGGCCAGUACUUGCGGGACAAGUUAGGCCGCGCCAAGAUAUUUACCAAGCUCGACCAACGAAAUGCUUUCGGCCUGAUUAGGAUCAAGCCGGGAGAUGAAUGGAAGACGGCAUUCGUCUUGCCAUCAGGACUCUACGAGUAUAAUGUGAUGCCGUUCGGACUUACGAACGCACCAGCUACUUGUCAGAGACAAAACAACAGCAUUCUAGAGGACCUUCUAGGAGUGACUGUCAUCUGUUACCUAGACGACAUUCUAGUGUAUUCAGAGCACAAGGAAGAUCAUCAGGGACACGUCAGAGAAGUCUUACGAAGACUCGCUGCCGUGGACUCCCGCCUCAAGCUAUCGAAGUGCGAGUUCGGAGUAACUCGUACUAUCUUCCUAGGAUAUGUGAUCAGUCCCGGUCAAAUGGAAGUUGACCCGGAAAAGAUCAGGGCAAUCGUGGAAUGGAAGUCACCGGAGAACGUCAAGGACGUCCAAUCAUUCCAGGGAUUCGCCAACUUUUGUCGACAGUUCAUAGGGAACUACGCUGGAUUGUCUAAACCCCUAACAGACUUGACCAGAAAAGAUAAACCAUUCUUCUGGGACAAGGUGACGGAACAAGCUUUUCAGGAAAUCAAGCAACGGUUCGCUAAGGAGCCAAUCCUUCGGAACCACGAUGUCGACAAACCAAGCACUGUUGAGACAGACGCUUCGGACACAGCGGUCGGGGCUGUACACUUACAGCCAGACGACAACGGGAAGCUUAUGCCUGUCGCAUACUUCUCGAAAACAUUGGAUUCCGCUCAGCAGAACUAUAGUAUCUUUGAGAAAGAACUUCUCGCUAUAGUCCUGGCUUUAGAGCAUUGGAAGAUUUACCUUCAGGGUGCAAGGCACCAGGUAACGAUCCUUACUGACCAUGAGAAUCUAAGGACAUUUACGACAACCAAGGAGCUCAGUAACCGGAGACUCGCUAGGUGGUCACAAAUCCUCGCGGGAUUUGACAUUGUGAUUCGUCAUGUCAGCGGAACCUCAAAUGCGCGAGCAGACGCGCUUAGCCGGAAACCAGGCUACGAAGGAGAUAAAGAGUAUAAGAAGAUUGCGAUCUUAAAGACUCUUGAGAACGGAGACCUCACCCCUACGAUUCACGAAAUCGCUGCUACAACCAGGGAGAGCCCUUGGGACAACAAAAUCAAGGCAGCUCAGGACAAAGACGGAAUCGAAGAAUUUAAGAAUGGGAAGACCUGGGUCCCGGACUCAUACGCAAAAGAAUUCAUUGCGGAAUACCAUGCGGCACCGGCCCAUGGACAUCAGGGAGUUCGACGAACUCUCCAGAGAAUUAGACGGUACUACCACGUUGACAGGGUAGCCGCCGUAGUCAAGGAAGUGAUAGCGGAGUGUGAUACCUGUAUUAGGAACAAGGCUUCCCGCCAUGCGCCUUAUGGGCAGAUGGGCACUACUCCGAUACCACCAACCCCUUGGAAGUCGAUCUCUUGGGAUUUCAUUGUGAAAUUACCGAAAUCCAAGGAUCCGAUGACAGGAGUCGAGUACGAUUCGAUCCUGGUUAUCAUGGAAAGGCUGACGAAAUAUAUGAUUCUGGUGCCAUAUAGAGAAUCAAGUACAGCCAAGGAAUUAGCAUUCGCAUUCCUCAAGGAAGUAGUCUCGAAGCAUGGACUACCGGAAGAGAUAGUCUCAGACAGAGACAAACUCUUCACCUCAUUGUUCUGGACUGCCCUCACGGAGCGCUUGGGUGCGAAGAGAAAGCUAUCAACAGCUUUCCACCCUCAGACAAAUGGAGGAAACGAACGCAUGAAUCAAGUGGUUGAGACAUACCUUCGUUGCUAUGUGAACUAUCAACAGGACGAUUGGGUCGAACUGCUGCCGCUAGCAGAGUUCGCCUACAACAGUUCAACAACGGAAACAACACUU